ACCAAAAUGUUUGCUAAGGUUGCCAUUCUCCUCGCUGUUCUUGCAGCAGUCAACGCCAGCGUUCUUCUCGGACAUGGUGCUCUGGUCAACACCGGAGUUAGUGCCAGAUCUCAAACCGAAGAUGCAUAUGGCAACUAUGCUUUCGGCUAUGACAUCAAGGAUGGACUCGGUGCCACCAACUCCCGAUCUGAAAUAGGAGAUGCCCACGGAAACAAGAAGGGAUCCUACACCCUCGCUGAUAUCGAUGGAAGGGCCAGACGAGUCGACUAUGUUGCUGACGGACACGGAUUCUGAGCCGUCGUCAAGACCAAUGAGCCCGGAACCGCCGCCAGCGCCCCAGCAGCCGCCCUCGUUGCCAGUCCCUACGCCGGACCCGUCGCCCCAGUCGUCAACCACGUAGCCCCAGCCGCUACCGUUGUUGGGCAUGCUGCUUC